UUUGCAGAAAAACAAGAUACAGGUUGGGAGAAUUCCCCUCUCACCGGGUCUUCCCAUCUGCAGUUACAAUCCUCUGGUUGUGAGUGACCUCUGCAUUGAUUGCCAGGGAUGCAGAACAGAAGUUGAUGACCUCUGGUUAUCGUUCCUGGGGGGUGAGAUGAAGCCUCACGCAAAAAAGAUGACAUUUUUUUUCAGAAAAAGAGGAAAGGGGAACAAGGCACUGUCAGGAAGCACCCCUCAGCGGUGUGCAGCACUCUGUUUAGGAAGCGCUUUCAGCUCCACUUUUGGUUGCUUUAAGUAUGAGGGUGCUGGACUGUGGCCAUGGGGACCUAGGCAGGCAGAGAAGGCUGUGUGACUGAAGACAAGGAUUCUUCUCUCUCCCUUGGACCUGUUUCCUGAGAGGCUGGGCUUGGUGCUCUAAGCGCCCCUUGAGUCGAGUCUUCCAGAAUUCAAAGUGUCUUUUCUUUAACUAAUGGCGUCUUCAGUCCAGAAUCCCGGGAGUAGACCACUGAUGCCGCUUCCGUGACCUCGGGCAGCCCAGGUGGUUUCCUGGAGCAGCGGCCUCCUGGCCACUGCGGCAGGCAGUGGCGCUCGGGGUCCCGCCGAGCCUUCCCUCCGGGUAGAAGCAAACACGCUGGGCCCAAGAGCCCCGAGAGCCUCCGCGGGAUGCAGACAUACAACAGAGGGCGCAGAACCCACCAGCGCCGUGGCCUUGAAUAUCAAUGUAAUCUGACAUCUUAAAGAUUUUGCUCUCCCUGCAAAGGAAACAUUUGAAAGGAACGCGGGAUGUAAAAGGAAAAGUCUUUACGAGCGUCUCCAUGGAUGGCACGCCAGUCCAUCCCAAACGGAGAAUACCAUGACAUCUGCCAAUCUCUUGGGUGUUUCCAUGUUCUCCAGGGAGAACGCUUCCCCUUCAUUUUGUGCCAUGGGAAAAACCUGAAGGACGGGCAGAAUUGCUCUUGAACUUGUGGCUUUUUAAAACGUUGCAGUGAUGCUGACAGAACAUGACAAUUGGAGACCACUUCCUUCUGUUGUCUUUCAGAGUUGAACCAAAGAACGCCCUUCCUUAUUCUCCGGUGCUUUGGCACCUGCUCGUUUUUAUAUUUGUUGCAGUUGCUUGUGCCUUCCGACUGUCUUAUGUAAUCACAAGACAUCCUUAAAGUUUUGCAGCACGACUUGCGACGCACCAGGACUCAUCGCCCAUGGCUUGGUGGGCCAGCCAUCCAAGGGCGUUACCAUGAGGCACUGCAUUAAUUGUUGCAUACAGUUGUCACCCGACGACACGCACAAACAGCGAAUUGGCUGCCGAGGAGGCCCCCAGCACAGUCGCCAGGAGUGUCCCGUGUGCAAAGGAGAAAACAAAAUAGUGUUUCGUGUGGACGGUAAACAGAUGAACUUGCUUGCCAUUCUCGAAGUGAGGGCUGAAGGGAACGAAAGCUGGGGCGGGUUUUUGCGCUUCAGGAAGGGAAAGCGAUGCAGCCUCGUUUUUGGAUUGAUCAUCAUGACCUUGGUGAUGGCCUCGUACAUCCUUUCUGGGGCCCACCAAGAGCUUCUGAUCUCAUCGCCUUUCCAUUACGGCGCCUUCCCCAGCAGCCCCAGCCUGAUAGAUGGUGAAAACCCGAGUGACAUGAAAGAGCAUCAUCACCAACCCUCUGUAAAUAAUAUUUCAUACGUGAAGGACUACCCGAGCAUUAAAUUAAUUAUCAACAGCAUCACAGCCAGGAUAGAGUUCACGACCAGGCAGCUCCCAGACGUAGAAGAUCUCAAGAAGCAGGAAUUGCACAUGUUUUCAGUCAUCCCCAGCAAAUUUCUCCCCGAUAGUCAGAGCCCUUGCUGGUACGAGGAGUUCACGGGGCGGAACACCAGCGACCCCUACCGGAGCAACUCCUACGCGCUCUACUCCCGGCGCUUCCGCUCCACCUUCGACGCGCUGCGGAAGGCCUUCUGGAGCCACCUGUCCCACGCCGCCGGCAAGCACUACCGCCUGCGCUGCCUGCCGCGCUUCUACAUCAUCGGGCAGCCCAAGUGCGGCACCACCGACCUCUACGACCGCCUGCGGCUGCACCCCGAGGUGAAGUUCUCCGCCAUCAAGGAGCCACACUGGUGGACGCGGAAGCGGUUUGGAAUUGUCCGCCUGAGAGAUGGGCUGCGGGACCGCUACCCUGUGGAGGAUUAUCUGGACCUCUUUGACCUGGCUGCACAUCAGAUCCAUCAAGGACUGCAGGCCAGCUCUGCGAAGGAGCACAGCAAGAUGAAUAGAAUCAUUAUCGGCGAGGCCAGCGCCUCCACCAUGUGGGAUAACAACGCCUGGACCUUCUUCUACGACAACAGCUCGGAUGGCGAGCCACCCUUCCUGACCCAGGACUUCAUCCACGCCUUUCAGCCGGACGCAAAACUGAUUGUCAUGCUCAGGGAUCCUGUGGAGAGGUUGUACUCAGACUAUCUCUACUUUGCAAGUUCAAAUAAAUCUGCAGAUGACUUCCACGAAAAAGUGACAGAAGCUCUGCAGCUCUUUGAAAAUUGCGUGCUGGACUACUCGCUACGCGCCUGCGUCUACAACAACACCCUCAACAACGCCAUGCCCGUCAGGCUGCAAGUCGGGCUGUAUGCUGUGUACCUGCUGGACUGGUUCACUGUUUUUAAUAAAAAACAGUUCCUUGUUCUUCGCCUGGAAGACCACGCAUCCAAUGUCAAGUACACCAUGCACAGGGUCUUCCAGUUUCUCAACCUCGGGCCCUUAAGUGAGAAACAAGAGGCCUUGAUGACAAAGAGCCCCGCGUCCAAUGCUCGGCGUCCCGAGGACCGGAACCUGGGGCCCAUGUGGCCGGUCACCCAGAGGAUCCUGCAGGACUUCUACGGGCCUUUCAACGCCAGGCUGGCGCAGCUCCUUGCCGACGAGGCAUUCGCCUGGAAGAAGACAUGAGGCCGAGUCCCCACCGUCCUCACCGGGCCUGCGUGUUCGUUAUCACCAUGAUUUAAAACGUCUCUCUUUAUGGGGAAUCGUCGUACUCACAGCGUGGAGAAAACCCUGAGACCCGAGCCUCCUUUCCCUCCCAGGCACAUGUUUAUUAUAACCUUUCAGAAUUUCCUUUGUGAUGUCAGACAGCCCGGCAGCUGACCCAUUGCAGCGCUCAUCCACCUGAAGCCACUGGAAACGCCACUUGCAGACGGAUUGCCUUCUGCUCCGAGAGUGGCCGUUGCUCCUGGGACGAGGCCGGCGGGCACUGAGCUGGGUGCCGAGGGGGGAGCAUCGAGUCUGGGCUCCGUCGGAGCACCCUUGAGGCCACGCUCUGGGGCCUGCCAGACGUACGCUUCAUACUCGGUCCUGAAACAUUCUGUUUAGAUCACUAACUCCUGUGGCAGAGACUUGGAGGCUCUUUUCAUUAUGUUUUUUCCUUUUACUCCAAAAGCAGCCCUUCAGUCUCUUCAGAUAGGAGCCCUGUUGUCCCUCAGACCCCCUCCCGUUCUGUCCUUGGGGACUUAUGUUUAACAUAGAAAAUGAAGGCAUUUAAAACAAGCCACUUUCUGCAUUUCGCUAGCCAGAGCUCUCUUUCCUGCCUCUUCAGAUGUUUUGUCAAGAGUUUAUUCUGUUCGUAAUCAGAAUAUAAAUUCAGCUUCUCAUUGGAAGGGAGAUUUGGGCUCUUAAUGCCAGACCCAGCAACUUCAAGGAGCCGAACACUUGAUGGACAUCUAGGUCACCGGGACCUCCUGCACACGUGGCCGUUGAGACUGGUGGGUGUUUGACAUGUUAGUCCCGGCCACCCACGGCUCUGCCUUCCCCCUGGAGUGAGCUUAUGACCCACACGCUCCGCCACGUGUGGCCGGAGGCCCCACCCCUGUUCACAGACUACAGGUAACCCUGUCCUGAUUCAGAAACACGAUGCAUGAGCUAAACUGUCACCGAACGUGGUAUGCUGGAUUCUUAAUGGAACUUUCUGGCCACCUGGCAGCUUGCUUUACCGAUGGAUGGGCUGAAGGUCCUGUCAUUUCUCAGAGGCGAUGGGGAAAGAUUGAAGAGAACCCUGGAGCCCACUGACGCACAGCCCCGGGCGGACCCCAGUGAAGCUUGGCACUGGCGUGUUGUCAAGGGAGCUCGCUGUGAACGGGAACCCUCAGUCGAGGUCCUGGACACAAAGUCAACAUGCAAAUGCCUCCCUACUCUGCUGUCGCUCGCAGGCGUGAGGAUUUGCGCAGCCUCCAGCCUAGCGCCGCGGUCGCCCUGCUGUCGGAGGUGGGAGGCACAGCUCAUUGAAGACGUGCGGAGGCCUCUCGGCACCGGCACGGCCGGGCUCUUUGUGCUGCUGAAGGAGCUGUGUGUCCUAAACGCCCACUUUCAGGGACAGUCCCCUCCUUUUUCUCUCUAGCUGGCACCCAGAGCAGCAGCCAGCAGGGCAGUGUGGCCUGGGCACAAGGGCGUGUUAGGGGACAGCACUUCAGUGUGUGUGUGUAUUUAUUGGUAGCACAGGGGGUGUGUGUGUGUGUGGGGGGGUGCAUUUUCCGAGUGGGUUCCCUUCAGUCCUGUGGCUAACGAGGCCCCAGGACACUACCCUUUCGUGGAUGAAUGUCUCUGCCUUGUUAUUUUCAGUACGGAUUUUGCUAUUCCACCCCAACCAUAAUGACACCACGGGACUUGUCUUACGCACUCCUACGCAUGUGAAUAACAUGUGGCAUAAUUCUGCUUCUUACAGAAGUAUUCCCGGUGGUAUUAUUUCCAAUAUUAUUUGGUUUAUUAUACAGAUCUUUUUAUAGAUGCAGGCCAUCCAUUCUGUGCCAAUCAGUGCCAUCCAGACGCAGUUUCUCUCAAGGGAUCUUGUUUGGAAGGGCUUAGGCCUUUGCGUUCCCUCGUUCGAGGCCCGUUCAUGUUGACAGCACAGAUGCCGUUUCGAGCGGUGGUCCUGGAGCCUGUCACCCCAAACCAAAGCGAAAUGGAACAUUUCUUAACGACCUGGUAUUGAAGUUCCUUCAUGUUCUGCAAAGCUGUGUAUGGGACUGUAUUAUCUUAUAGCCCUUAGCCCUGUCAGGUAUGUUAAGUGAACCACAAUGAUCCUAUACUUGUAUUAUUAUUUACCAGCAUUAAAUGGGGACCCCUA